AGCCGCCACAGUGCUGGCAGAGGACCCUUUGCGAGCUUGUGCAUUUUCCGAUUUGUAUUAUAAAUCCUAUUUUGUUUACUAAACCCGUGAAGCGAUCAUAUUUGUAUACGUAUCUUAAUGUGUUUAUUAAAGUAUUUUAGGUUGAAUAUCGGUGGUGCAAUUGUAAGAUUAGAGGCAAACAUGUCUGAUUUUUGAUCAGGCUUUCUUGCAGGACUCCCGAUUCCUCCCCAAUGCAUUCUGGUACUGUCCCCGCUCUUCUGUCGGGAUCCACCGCUAACGUGAAACUGUGGUGAGGGCCCAAAGUUUCUCCAGACAUGUCGGUGAGGGAGUCCUUUAACCCAGAAAGCUAUGAGCUGGACAAGAAUUUCAGGCUCACACGCUUUGCUGAGCUCAAGGGCACAGGCUGCAAGGUACCCCAAGAGGUGUUACAGAAGCUACUAGAAAGUCUACAGGAGAACCACUAUCAAGAGGAUGAACAGUUCCUUGGGGCAGUCAUGCCUCGGCUAGGCAUAGGUAUGGACACGUGUGUGAUCCCCCUCAGACAUGGAGGCCUUUCACUGGUCCAGACAACAGACUACAUCUACCCCAUUGUGGAUGACCCUUACAUGAUGGGUCGAAUUGCUUGUGCCAAUGUUCUAAGUGACCUGUAUGCCAUGGGAGUGACAGAGUGUGACAACAUGUUGAUGCUUCUGGGAGUCAGCAACAAAAUGUCAGAGAAGGAGAGAGACAAAGUCAUGCCACUGAUCAUCCAGGGGUUCAAGGAUGCAUCGGAGGAGGCAGGCACAUCUGUAACAGGGGGACAGACGGUGCUCAACCCCUGGGUUGUUAUGGGUGGAGUUGCUACCACAGUCUGCCAGCCCAACGAAUUCAUCAUGCCAGACAAUGCAGUGCCAGGAGACGUGUUGGUGUUAACCAAGCCGCUGGGGACGCAGGUGGCUGUUGCAGUCCACCAGUGGCUAGAUAUUCCUGAGAAGUGGAACAAGAUUAAGCUGGUGGUAACCCAGGAGGAUGUAGAGCUGGCCUACCAUGAGGCCAUGAUGAACAUGGCUCGGCUCAACAGGACAGCGGCUGGUCUCAUGCACACCUUCAACGCCCACGCGGCCACCGACAUCACAGGCUUUGGAAUCCUUGGCCACGCUCAGACAUUGGCACGGCAACAGCGAAGUGAGGUGUCAUUUGUCAUCCACAACCUCCCAGUCCUCGCCAAGAUGGCUGCCGUGUCCAAGGCCUGCGGGAACAUGUUUGGACUCAUGCACGGCACCUGCCCUGAAACAUCAGGAGGCUUGCUCAUCUGUCUGCCUCGGGAGCAAGCUGCCCGCUUCUGCGCCGAGAUCAAAUCCCCCAAAUACGGCGAGGGCCACCAGGCAUGGAUUAUCGGCAUUGUAGAGAAAGGAAACCGCACGGCUCGCAUCAUUGACAAACCUCGGAUCAUAGAGGUAGCACCGCAAGCCGCCACCCAGAAUGUCAACCCAACCCCCGGUGCAACUUCUUAAUCCUCCUUCACCACAUCAUAGACCGGAAACCCCAGAGCUCUGCUGAGUGUUUUUAGACACAUAAACUACAAAACCAUCCUAGAGUGUUAAAAUAUACACAUAUAGUAUGUAUACAGAAAAGACUGGGUUGGUGUGUAUCCACAUGAAAAGCUGCCCCACACAGUGGCCAAAGGGGCAUGUCAUCACCCAAUGGACUCAAUCUAUACACACGAUAACAAUUGGUGAGAAAUAGAGCAUAACUAAAAAUACAUUUUGCCUUUUGUGUCUGUUGUAUUCUGUCAUGUUAACUGAAAAUGCGCUUGAUUGGCAGGCAGCUUCUGGUAAGAGUAUGAUGAUGAAGACAAUAAUCUGAUACUGUUGAUUCAUUUUGAAUCUUAAGAAGUCUGGUGUCUGUUGCCUCUUUGGCUCUUUUUAAAAAAAAAUUGCUCUCAUCAAGCAAGUGGAAUAUGUGAUGGUGUUUUUGUUUGUCCGUUCACUUUGUACAGUUAUAAAGACUAGUUUUAGUUCAUUGCCGUAACUGAUGCCUUGAAAGAAAGUUGAGAAGUGUGACCAGAGUUGGUUCUUUUUUUAUUACUUUGACUUUUUGUAUUGUCCCCGCCUAAACCAAUAAAUAUACAGUCAAAUAGAAGAUUGUUUUUUUUUUUUUUUCCUGCCCACUGUUUGGGAGCUGCACUGAUCUUAAAGAAUCAAAAAAUGUGAUAUUACCCGCAUAUGUCAUGAUUAACAAAUUGAUUCUAUG